AUGGAAACGGACGCCAUCCAAGCGAAAAAGCGGACGGCGAUGCGGCGAUAUCACCGCCUCCGCCAGAUCGGCACACUGCUCCGCUAUCUCGAGGCCGCCGCCGCCGUCCUCCUCCUCUCCUGGUCCUCCGCCCGCGUCCCCGCCGCCGCUCGCCUCUCCGCCGACUUCCUCCGCCACCUCGUCGCCGUCAUUCUCAGCCCCCGAUUCGUCUUCCUCCUCGGGAACGCCAUCGUCGUUCUCCUCCUCGCCGAAUCACACCGACAUUCCCCUUCCUCCUCCACGGGUGAUAUGAUCUACCGAGAGUUCGUCGAGAGCCGCGCCGGAGGCUACCUCCCUCGCUCCCUCGCGCCGUCGUCGUCGCCGGAAGAAGUGAUUUACGAGGACAAGGAGGUUUGCAUCGAGAUGCCGGCGCUACGGAGGAGCCGAUCUGCGAGAAUGAGACUGCGGCGGGGGGCAACGAAGGGAACCGAGUUGACGACGGAGCCAGACGAGGCUGCGCAGGAGGAAGAAGAUGAGGAGGAGUUCCGGCGAGCUGUGGAAGCGUUCAUCGCGAAACAAACUAGGUUUCUCCGCGAGGAGGAAUGCAAGGCUGCGGUCUUCCCCACUUUAUCAUAUCCCGCAGGAACACCAGACCGUCGUGGUGCCCUUGCUUGA